CCCCGGUCACGCGGCCGGAAGCGGCGGACUGAGGCGCGCGGAAGCGAUGGAGCCGGCGAAGAUGGCGUCCCCCAAGAGCGCGCCCAAAGACGCUCAGGUGAUGGCGCAGAUCCUGAAGGACAUGGGCAUCACGGAGUACGAGCCGCGCGUCAUCAACCAGAUGCUGGAGUUCGCCUACAGGUAUGUGACUACCAUACUGGAGGAUGCAAAAAUUUACUCAAGCCAUGCAAAGAAAUCCAGCGUCGACGCAGAUGAUGUGAGGUUGGCAAUACAGUGUCGGACAGACCAGUCCUUUACAUCUCCCCCCCCGAGAGACUUCUUGUUAGACAUAGCCAGGCAGAAAAAUCAGACACCGUUGCCGUUGAUAAAGCCUUAUUCUGGACCCAGGCUCCCGCCCGACAGAUACUGCUUGACAGCUCCCAACUACAGACUGAAGUCUUUGCAGAAGAAGGUCUCUUCCUCUGCAGGAAGAAUAACAGUCCCUCGCUUGAGUGUUGGUGCUGUGAGCAGCAGGCCCAGCACUCCUACUUUAGGUACACCUUCAGCACAAACAGUAUCUGUCUCAACAAAAGUUGGCACCCCAGUGUCGCUGACCGGUCAGAGGUUCACUGUACAGAUCCCGUCUUCUCAGGCAGCAGUCAAGACAGCCACACCAACUACUCCGACAGUUCAGAAUGUUCUAAUUAAUCCUUCAUUAAUUGGACCAAAGAACAUUCUUAUCACUACAAAUAUGGUAUCGUCACAGAAUACAUCCAAUGAAUCAAAUCCCUUGAAAAGGAAGCAUGAAGAUGAUGACGACUAUGAUAAUUUGUGAAGAGGCUGUCUGAUCCCUUUCUAUUCUUCAGUGGUUCGUACUGAGUCUGACAGAGGUUUUGCCAAGAGUUCUUUGUAAGCAGUGUGAGUGUGUAAAUACUCUGUUAAUAUGCAGUUGGGUGUGGAGUGAGAGAGAGAUGAUUGCCUGUGGAAAGAGGAAAGCAAGACUAACCUUUUCCUAUGUCCCGUAAUGUCUUUUGAGCCUCAGUAGCAGUGGUGAGCUCUGGCCACCGUUACACAGAACAGUCUUUGCGGCUCUUCUGUCGCCUUAUUUCUGACGGACGUGUCCAUGCCUCUGAGCCAGGUGCUGGUAGCACUGCCCUGUGCCAAGUAAAAGUAACUUAGAAAAGGCCGGGUGGUGUGACAUGGAUCUUCAUUUCAAGUAACAUCAAACACAGCCCUGGAUGAGGUGGCGUGUAGCUUUUUUUUUUUCCCCCCCUAAAUACAUUUGCUGCUUCUAGGUUGUUAGUUGCAUACCCUGUUCUCCAGGUUCAGUGCCCGUGGGUGUGAACAUUAUCUCUUAACAGUAGAAAUGCAGAUAAGAGGUAGAGGAGGGGGUUCUGGAGAACAGUUACUCAGGCUGCCCUCUGGUACCCAUUAAUCUAGUUUUUGUUGGCCAUAACACUCCCACCACUCAAAAGUUAGAGAAGAAGUAAAAUCCCAGCCAAGAUUUCCAAAGAGCUGCACCUCUGUCCAUCAGCACUUCAUUAAGCUUGUGUUUGCAUGUGUAUGGAAGAACGUGUCGCGGGGUGACACACAGCGGGAUCGGGCGAGGGGCAACGCGGCCGAGCCUCACGGCGCCUGUCUGGCUCUCUGCCUCGGGCACUGCAGGGGCUUUUCUCGUGUAGCAGGAUCCUGUCUGCUCUACUGAAAGACUGAAUAAACUUAAUGUGGUUUUUUAUAUUAAA